CUGGAACCUCUCCCAUACGUCACAGCCUGAUAUUGUUAAGUUUGGAGCGCAAAGCAAGGUUCAGUGUACAGCUUGAAGAACCCUACAGACACACAAAUGAUAGAACACUCUGGACAGGGGAAGUCCGCAAGUCAGAAGAACACAUAAAGGCAACCCCUGCUUACCUCUGUGAAAAUGGUGAGAAAAAGCUAGAAUGCUGAAAUAAGGAGGGAAAAAAAAAUAUCAGGUGGAAUCAAGUCAGCAGUUUGAAGCAGAUCAUUUGCAGCUCAACCAGCAGGAUGAGAAGAAUCAGGACGCAGUGAGUCAAACCCUGAAGCAAGUACAAGCCUUCGGAUCUUCCAGUCACAGAGCUUUGGGAACAAACCAUCCCAGUGGUCUCCAAGAAGGAAAUCUGAUGACUGGAUAAAUGGAGAGAGAUAAGAAAUCCCUUUCCCUGUUUAUUCUGCUUCCUCUGCUGCUGGUCUGCAGAACUGAUGCGUGUCCCAGCCUCCCAGAUAAUCUCACCUGCUACAAUGACUACAGUAAAAACAUCACAUGUUUGUGGAACAGCACAUACGUGACUGAUCGCACAGACGCCGCAUGCACAAUACACGCCAAAUAUCAAGCUCGCUACUUGUCUUACAGUGCUUCCUGUCACCUGGAGCCUGUUGACAUCUCCAGACCAGCCCUGAAGACGUGCUCCCUGAUCUUUAAAUCUGACCACACUUUUAGUUCUUUCCAUGUGUUGUCCUUUAAUCUGAGCUGUAACCAUAUGAAGCCUGUAAUCACUUCCUACAAGCCAUAUUGUCACAUAAGGGUGAAUCCUCCAGGAAGACCAGAAGUCAACUUCACCACUAUUUCCUGGUUGUCCCAACUCACCGAGCAUUCAAUGAUCGACUUAUACAAAAGUGAAGUGCAGUGGAAACAGCAGGAUCAGUCGUGGAGCGAUCCUGCUGUGCAGAAAAACAUUGGCAUUCAGUGUGAGCAUAAGUGCGAGGCAGAGCUGAAGGAAGAUUUCCUGAUACGAGGCGAGAGGUACGAGGCACGAGUUCGAGUGCAGUCUGUUAUUGAGAGCCGUGAGGGAGCCUGGAGUGACUGGAGCCCCACUGCAUCAUGGGUGUCAUCGGCAGGAAAAAUAAAGCCACCAUUAGGUAUUGCCUAUGUUGUGACUAUAAUUGUUGUAGGUGUGGUGAUGUCGCUGGCAGUCAUGUUCUUACUAACAAAAAAAACUGGGUCUGCAUACCAGGCGGAGGAACAUCCAGCAGAGCGCAUGUUUCCAGCAUGUGUUCACCAGUGAAUCCUUUCACUCCUUCUUGAAACCAGUGGAAAUGAUCACAGUAGAAUUAACCUCCUCUGUGGAUGCCGUCACAGCCCGCAGGCCAGAUGAGAAGAUUGUGAUAAACAAAGGCAGCUAUGACUCCACCAGCUCCAGCUUCUCUAACCCAACUAACUCUGACCUUUGUGUUCCUCCUAUUUCCUCACUCAGUGCUGGGAAUCUGAGGCCGUGUGCGACUGACACGCCUUAUGGCCCUGUUGGUACUCAGGGUCAAGGAAAAUGCACAGAACAGGAGAGCAAUGAAGGGAGAGAGAAAGAACAUGAGAUGGUAAAGUCCCUUCUCAAAGGCAGCAGCAACAGUGAGCCAGUGCAGGUGAUUUCAGACUAUGAAAAGUCUGAGAAGCUCAACAUUGAUCGCUUUAGGCUCCAGAGUCUAGAUUCAGGCAUGUCCAGUUUUGAAGAGGUCAGUAAAGAGAGCAUGGAGGAUGUUGAUAAGUCCACUGAAUCUACACACUUCCUGUUUCCACCUCAUCCUCCCAGGGCUUUAUCCCCCAAGCCCCUCAGCAACUUUUACAGAUGCACUGUGGAGAGCAUCCUGACAAACUCCAUCACGGUGUGGUAUGGAAACUGCGCCACUCAG